GGCUUCCCAACUAAUACUGACACUAAACACGUUCGGUAAGCAAAGCAAUAACUGAGAGAAAAUGAACGGUAUUGGCAGCGCCAAGCCGGCCUCGGGACCACCGAAUCUGCAGCUUUUCAACUGCACGCACGCCGAUUGUGGGGCCACGUUUACGCGCCAGUGGAGACUCGAGGAGCACCAGACCGUUCACACCGGACAGCGUCUGUACCAGUGCGCAGCGGCAGAUUGUGGACGUCGUUUCAAGAGGAAAACUCACUUGAGCCGCCACAUGCUCCAACACAAAGGAGUCAAACAAUUCAAAUGCAAAUUUGCAAACUGUCCCAAAAGUUUCUUCAACACUGGGAAGCUGAAAAGACACAUCCGCUUCACUCACGGAGACAAAAAUAAAUACUUCAAGUGCACCCAACCCAAAUGUCCUCUGACCUUCAAGAAACGGCGGUUGUUUAAACAGCAUUUAAAAACUCACAACAUGGCGCCCAAGUUUUGUUGUUCAAAGGACGACUGCGCUGCCACUUUCGACUCCCACGUCGCUCGGAAAGCCCACGAGAAGAAGCACGCAGGUUACCGCUGUCCUCAUGCAGACUGUAAGGUUCUUGAACACACCUGGGGACGGCUCCAGAAACACAUUGCAGUGAAACAUCCAGCCACCUUCCCUUGUAAACAGUGCAAGAAGGAGUUUAAGAAUUCCGACGCCCUCCGCAGACACAAGCGCCUCCAUGCCUCUCAUAAGCCCGUCCUGGUGUGUCCUCGUCCAGACUGUAAGGUUUACUUCUCCACCACCUUUAACCUGCAGCACCACAUCCGUAAAGUGCACCUCCAACUCAACAAAUACAAGUGCAGUUUUCCAGAAUGCACUCGCACCUUCGCCAUGCGGGAAAGCAUGAACAGACAUAUGCUGCGUCAUGACCCAAACAGCGUGUCUCUUAAGAGGCGCCGUCGCUCUAAGAAGUCAUGGCAGAAGCGUCUGGAUGGCCACCGCCUGCCGCUGGUGGAAGAAAACCUGGAAAACUUGUUCAACCUGAAGAUGAGGAUCACCAGAAAGACCAAAGUGGAGACGAACCUCUCCGGACUCUUCAACGAACGCAAAAUCCCACAUUACGUCGACCCUGAAGUGAACCUCCGAGACCUGUUCUCCAUCAAGCCUCUGGAGAAGCCAGCCAUUGCUCCUGUUAAGGGAUAAACUACAGUAUUUGGUCAUUACUUUGUUUCUCUGCCCUGACUCUCUACUCUACCUCCUCUCUUCCUGUUUUCUCCCUCUUUCCCCUUAUGCUUUUUUCUCUCCUCAGGCUCUUUUCUCUUCCCACUUUCAUCCUUUAAUUUCUCUUCCUCCUGUCUUUUCUCCCUCCUUCACAUCUCUUCUGCUGUCCUUUUUCUAUAAUGCUUGUCUAUUUCCAUCAUCCCAGUCUCUCUCCCUUUGCCACCCAUCUCUUGAGUUGUCCUUUUUCUGUGCUUCUCCCUUUCUGUCUCUAUUCCUUUUUGUUUCAUUUUUUUUCUCUCCCCUCGCAAAAUCCCACACAUCGACCUGGAAGUGAACCUACACCUGUUCUCCAAACCUUGUGUUGGGUCUACAGUUUUUCAUUCUUUUACUAUAAAUGUCUAUUGGGUCGUUUUUGUUUUCAAAUGUAUCUAAAAUACAUUAAGGUAUUUGAAAAGUAAUUUGGCAAAUGGUCAAAUUUUGAUUUGUAAAUUGAUUUUAAAUUAAAUGCAUGGCUUGUAAUCCUGCAGUUUCUGACUCAAUAAAUAAGUUUGUUUAUGCAAA